UUGACUGCGCAGUACAUUCGCUUCAGCUCGCAAGUCCUCAACGCAAAGCAGCAAGGCUCGUCCUCGUGGGAGCUGACAGUGCGCGAUGCAACGUCUGGCACGACGCGCACCGAGAAGUUCGAUUGCCUGUUCAUCUGCUCUGGGCACCACUGGAAUCCAAACACCCCGAAACUGACGGGUGCCGAAACGUUCAAGGGCUACCAGUUUCACAGCCAUUCGUACAAGGACUACACCCCGUUCGUUGGCAAGCGUGUUCUUGUGAUUGGCAUUGGCAACAGUGGUGUGGACGUCGCCGUGGAGCUCUCUCGCCACUCCAAGCAAGUCUACUUGAGCACCCGCAGCGGUGCCUGGAUCCUUCCUCGCUUCACCAUCUUUGGCAUGCCGUCGGACCAUGUCGGAAACACGCGCCUGAUGAACGCCUUGCCGCUCGCCAUUCGCGGAAAGAUUGUGGAGACAGUGUUGCGUGCCCACACGGGCGAUCUGAGCAACUUUGGUCUGGAGCCCGCCUUUGGCAUUUACAAUGCCCAUCCGACCAUCAACGGCGAACUCAUUGGCCGCAUUGGCGUGGGCGCGAUUCAGGUCAAAUCCGACAUUGCACGAAUUCUCCCCACGUCCGUUGAAUUUGACGACGGUAGUGUUGCUGAGGACAUUGACGUCAUUUGCUACUGCACGGGCUACAAGGUGGAGUUUCCGUACCUGGACAAGUCUGCAGGAAUCACCGUGGUCGACAACAAGAUUUCGCUCUACAAGAACAUCUUCCCAGCAGCGGUGUCCAACAUUGCCUUCGUCGGCCUCAUUCAGCCACUCGGUGCUGUCAUGCCCAUUUCGGAGAUGCAGUGUCGCUGGGCGACGCGCGUGUUUUCUGGAAAGCAGGCGCUUCCUGAUCAAGCAACCAUGGUCCAGGACAUUGCAGACCAGCAGCGUGGCGUAGCGCAGCGGUACAAGCGCUCUCCGCGCCAUACCAUCCAAGUGGACUACAUUGAUUACAUGGACACACUUGCCGACCAGAUUGGCUGCCGCCCGACCUUCUUGCGCGUCCUGCUGUCGCACCCAACCCUCAUCUUGCGCUACUGUUUUGCGCCCAUGUCGCCAACGUGGUUCCGUCUCGUCGGUCCCCACGCGUGGUCUGGCGCAGUUCAAGCGAUUGGCGAAAACGCCACCAGCGCAUUUCUGCCCUACCAGACUCGCAAGUUGCCAAACUCGGGCCAGUCGCUCAGCGUUGUCCAAUGGGUUUUGGCACUCAUCGUCCUUUUGAUUGCACUGCGCUUCCUUGGACUGUUUUGA